AAAUUUUAAAUCGGAAUUUUAAUUCUGUUACAAUCAACUACCUACUUAAACUUCUAUAGUGUAUUAAGACGUGUUUUUAACAUAGUUAAAAUUAACUUAUUUGAUUUUAUUUGUGAAAAAUUAACACAAAAAUAACAAUGAAAGUGUUCGUUACAUUGCUUGCUUUCUUCCUGACGAUCCUGACUGGUGCAAACGCUCAAAUAACUAAGAUCUUCGCUGAGAAAAAGAUUAAAGAAAUCAGCCAGAACCUCACAGACAGUGGAUAUGACCCUUUAGAAAUUAAGGGCUUUUCUUACAACUAUUCUUUACCCGUGACAGAUUUGUUGGUAGUUAACGCGACAGUCGGCGACAUCCGAGUGACGGGCAUCAGCAACAUCGAGCUGGACAAGUUCCGAUACAACACGCUGCUGUCCAGGAUCACCUACUCGGUCACCUUACCCCUCAUCACAGCCACUUUCAAUAAAACCGACGUAAGAUUCAAGUUAAUGAACAUGGACUUAACCGCAAAAUACAACGGAAGUGUUGCUAUAUCAGACAUCAAUGUAGCGGGCAAAGUUUCUGUCAACAUUGGGAUAUUGUCGGGCAUCACAGUUCGCGAUGUCGAAGCCACUCUUUCAAUAGGUAAAAUUACGUCUAACAUGACGGUCAUCUGGAUGGGCCAGGAUAUCUCCAGCAAAGUGAACAAGUUCUUGAACACAACACUGCCCAGCACGAUCAACGAUUACAACGAUGAUAUUAGUGAAGUUCUGGUGUACUACAUCACGGAAGCUGUGAAAGAUGCGUUAUGAAAAUACAAACGAAGAUAGAUCCAAUAAAGAUAUUGCAUUUCAAAGAUAAAAUAUUAAUUUAAUCAUAAGAAUA